AUGGUUGUGAGGAAGCUACGAUCCGAUCCUCGAUACCCUGUCGAAACCGCCAUCACGUUGCCAGGCUCGCAACACGUCAGGAACGGGCAGCCCGUGUCCGCCCGGCGUACAGUCACCACUCUUCAAGAAGAAGACUCCCCUCAGCUACCAGCAAAGACCGAGCAAGAAAGUGCAGGCGAGUCCAGUCUCGGCGCCCAGUCGCCCCCUCCUCAGUAUCCCUCCGAAGCAUCAACUUCCCGGCCGCCACCCUUCUCUUCAGUCUGCGAUUCACUCGAGAAGCCCUCCGAACCCGCUCACGAUCUCCGCUCCGCCAUCACUGUCGCUGUCGCUGGAACAUCCCCUGCUGCGCCGUCGUAUGCAUCUCUAGCUCCAGAUUUCUCUGCAGAACAAUCGGUUUCGACUUCUUUUGAACACGCUCUCGCAGAAACAAAGCGUGCGCUUCCCCGAGACACCAAAGGGGGCUCUUCCGCAAAGGACGACAACGCCGAACCACCCCCAGCAUACUCGGAGGGACCUAGUCCACUCCAAUCUUUCGCUUUCCUGAUGGCUACCGCCGGAGGCGCGUCGAGUAUUAUUACUCAGGUGCAACAAGGGGGCCCGCCUAUCAAUGCAAUUGGAGAUGUUGGCGCCGACGAGACGAUCGCGAUGGACCUCCGGGGCACCCGAUUUGUUCUGUCGAGGGACGAACUCUUGACACUGCCCGAAUUUGUCCUCCUGUCGUUGUUCCCUAACGGCCUAUUCCCCGAGGGGCACAUGGGAGGGUUUACUGAGGGCGAUGCAGUACAAGUAGACUAUGACCCGGCAUCCCUGCAGUAUAUGCUGGACUUUUUCCGCACCGUUGCACAGUCGAUACCUGCUGAGUCCUCUCCGAGCGUUUCUCAGGAGGAGGAUCCUGCGACUGGAGACCCAAUGGGCUCACGAGACGACUCGUCGAAGAGAGCUGGCAUCAUCGUUCUGAGAGAGGAUCUCGACUUCUACGUCAUACCCCCGCGGGCCGAUAUUACGCAGCCUGAAAUGAUGGAAGUCAAGAGAGCUGCUGGAAGAGCCCUUCUUCAACAGACGGGCAUUUUUUCAGGUCUUAAGCGCAGUGAUGAGCCGGGUACUACGGAAGCCCACCUCAUCGAAAUGCUUACAGCAGGCGGAUUCAACCAUAACGACAACUGGGGUCACAGGGCAGGAGAACCAAACAAGGCGGUUGUCUGCAGCCUAGCAUUGGCACGCCUUCGAAGCGACAUCAGAGGCAACGAUAUGGGCAGUAAUGCUGUUGGCAUGGCGCAGAAGCUGCUCCUCUUUUGGAGGAAGCCUGCGAGACGCUGCUGGUGGGAAGGCGUGGAGCUCGACAGUGUUGAGGGCGUUGAGGGGAUGCUGAAGGUCUGGAUCAGGCGCGUUUGGACCCUGGAAAUGAGCGUGAUCGGCCUCCGAUGA